AUGGCGGAACGAACUGCGUCACCGGCAGUCGAGAAGGCGGCGUUGUACCUCAAACCCGAGCUAACACUUCACUUUGUUUCCAACCUCUCUUUCAACAACUCAUCUUUCGAUAUGUUCCGACCUGGUUACUGGUCUGACGACCCUAUGGAUGGUGUCUUAGGCGCUGGCAUGGCCCGCCCCGGUGCUACUGCCCGCCGCUUCGAUGAAUACUACCGCUGCUAUCCCGUUGCAAUGCUUCCUGGUCCCGAAAGGGAGAAUGUCAAUCACGGUGGAAAGGUCAUCAUGCCUCCGAGUGCAUUGGACAAGCUUACUCGACUUCACAUUACAUACCCAAUGAUGUUCGAGCUUCACAAUGGCGCAAAAGACAGGAAUACCCAUGCGGGUGUCUUGGAAUUUAUCGCUGAAGAAGGGAAGAUUUAUUUACCAUUCUGGCUUAUGCAAACAUUACUGCUCGAGCCCGGUGACCUCCUCCAAAUUAAAUCGACAGACCUUCCUCCUGGUCAGUUUAUCAAGCUUCAAGCACAGUCAACCUCAUUUCUCGAUAUUAGCGAUCCCAAAGCCGUCCUCGAAAAUGCGUUCCGCAACUUUUCGUGCCUUACCAAAGGAGACGUUUUCACAUUCGGAUACAAUGACCAGGUCUACGAGAUGGCUGUGCUAGAGACCAAGCCUUCUGGUUCAAAAAAUGCGGUCUCUGUUCUAGAAACCGAUUUGGAAGUGGAUUUCGCCCCUCCGGUCGGUUACGAGGAACCACAACGUACAAGCGGCACCAGCACUCCUGGCAGCGCCAUCGGGGGUGGCAAGCUUCCAUCCGGAGGCCUAUUACACCCUCAUGGCAGCAUGGCGCAAUCAAUCAACUACCCGGCCAUCGCCCCCGAGGCGACUGAUGCAGCGGCAGGUGCGCGCGCUGCAUCCUCCAACUUCCUGACUGGGGGACAGCGUCUGAAUGCAAAGAAGGGCAGCAAGGCCCCGACUCCUAACCCGUCAACCCCAACUCCAGGCGCCUCGGGCUCCCAAAAUCCUCCUCUUCGGAGAACCAACGGCCCCCAGCCCCUCCGACUUCCCCCCAAUCAGCUAUUCUUUGGAUAUACCAUUAAGCCGGUCAAGCCUCGUGAUGAGAAUGGACAGGUCAUUGCAGAUGAUCAACCGAAGUUCCAAGGAAUCGGGCAAACAUUACGAGGAAAGAGAAAGGAUCUGGCUGACUCCGCCACCGCCUCUGGCAGUGAGGCUGAAAGCCAGAAGGGCAAGAAUAGUUCCAACAAAUCUGACGGUGGACGGACCCUCGGAAAACGCUAG